UACCCCGCCACCGAAUCCGUAAACAUGUCUGUUGUGGGCAUUGACCUGGGGACGCUCAACACCGUAAUCGCUGUUGCGCGUAACCGCGGUGUCGAUGUGAUCACCAAUGAAGUGUCCAACCGUGCCACUCCCUCGCUCGUAGGCUUCGGCCCCAAAAGCAGAUACCUUGGAGAGGCCGCAAAGAACCAAGAGAUCUCAAAUCUCAAGAACACCGUCUCGUCUUUCGUGCGCCUCGCUGGCCGCUCGCUCAACGACCCCGAUGUCCAGCUCGAGAAGGAGUUUGUCUCGGCCCCGCUGGUCGAUGUUAACGGCCAGGUCGGCGCUGAAGUCACAUACCUAGGUAAGAAAGAAAAAUUCACUGCCACCCAAAUCACCGCCAUGUACCUCACGAAGAUCAAGGGGACCGCUUCAGCCGAGUUGAAGCUCCCUGUCUCCGAUGUUGUUCUUAGCUGCCCCGUUUGGUACACCGAUGCCCAGCGUAGGGCCAUAUUGGAUGCCGCCGAAAUCGCCGGCCUCAAGUGCUUGAGGUUGACCAACACCACUACCGCAACCGCCCUUGGCUACGGUAUCACAAAGACGGACCUUCCCGCACCCGAGGAGAAACCCAAGAGGGUUGUGUUCGUCGACAUCGGCCACAGCAACUACACUGCCUCCGUGGUCGAGUUCAAGAAGGGCGAGUUGGCUGUCAAGUCUACUGCCUGGGACCGUCACUUCGGUGGUCGCUACAUUGACAAGGCUCUUGUUGAUCACUUCGCUACCGAGUUCAAGGAGAAGUUCAAGGUCGACAUCAACGAGAACGCCAAAGCGCGCAUCCGUGUCGCCGCUGGUGUUGAGAAGCUCAAGAAGGUUCUCUCUGCCAACUCAGUUGCGCCUCUCAACAUCGAGUCCGUCAUGAACGACGUCGACGUCCGUGGCAUGCUUAAGCGUGAGGAGCUCGAGGAGCUUAUCAAGCCCAUGCUCGACCGCGCCACUGCUCCCAUCGAGCAGGCCCUUGCUGAGGCCAAGUUGAAGCCCGAAGAUAUCGACCACAUCGAGAUGGUUGGUGGCUGCACACGUGUGCCUGCCUUGAAGGCUCGCAUCCAAGAGUUCUUCGGAAAGCCUCUUUCCUUCACCUUGAACCAGGACGAGGCCGUUGCCCGAGGAUGUGCUUUCAACUGCGCCAUUCUCUCCCCCGUUUUCCGCGUCCGUGACUUUUCCGUGCACGACAUUGUCAGCUACCCCAUCGAGUUCACCUGGGAGAAGUCCGAGGAUAUCCCCGACGAGGACACCAGCCUGACCGUCUUUAACAAAGGAAACGUCAUGCCCUCCACCAAAAUCCUCACAUUCUACCGAAAGCACGCCUUUGAUCUUGAGGCCAAGUACGCCAAACCCGAGGAGCUGCCAGGAAAGGCCAACCCCUGGAUCGGCAGGUUCUCCGUCAAGGGAGUCAAGGAGGACUCCAAGGGAGACUUCAUGAUCUGCAAGUUGAAGGCCCGUCUUAACAUCCACGGUGUGCUCAACGUAGAGUCUGGUUACUACGUGGAGGAAGUCGAGGUUGAGGAGCCUAUACCCGAGGAGAAGAAGGAAGGCGAUAUGGAUGUCGACUCAAAAGAGCCCAAGGAGCCACCGAAGAUGCGCAAGGUCAAGAAGCAACAGAGGAAGGGUGACCUCCCGCUGGCAGCAGGCACCGCGGCGUUGGACCAGUCAUCCAAGGACACGGCGGCUGAGAAGGAGAACCAGAUGAUCAUGGAGGACAAGCUGGUCGCCGACACCGAGAACACCAAGAACGAACUCGAAUCAUUCAUCUACGAGCUCAAGGACAAGAUCCUUGACGUAUACGCCGAGUUCGCCAACGACGAUGAGAAGUCCAGGUUGAACACCAAGCUCGAGGCUAUCGAGGAAUGGCUCUACGAUGACGGCGAGGAUGCGUCAAAAGCACAAUACGUCUCCAAGAUGGAGGACAUCCGCUCCAUUGCCGGACCCAUCAUCCAACGGUACAAGGACAAGAUCCAGCAGGAGCAGGAGGUCGCCAUGAAGAAGCAGCAGGAGGCCCACGCCGCCAAGCAGGCCGAGAUUGAGCGCAAGAAGCGCGAGGAGGAGGCCAAGAAGCAGGCCGAAGCGCCCGAACCCAAGGACGCCGAGAUGACUGAUGCCGAGACGACGAAGCCGGAUGAGGUCGAGGAGCCCUCAUCUUAG